CUUUUAUGGAUAGAGCCGGGCAACUGACGCAGUAUAAAAAACACGCGCCCACAGCCUUCAGAUUCACUCUGAGCGCCGUCACGCAGCUUGUGCGGGAUAUCAUUUGCCUGAAACCGGUUCCCUUAAAGCGAAAAGCCCCCCACCCAAAGUUCAGCCAUGGAAGAUGAAAUCGCCGCACUGGUUGUUGACAACGGAUCCGGUAUGUGCAAAGCCGGUUUCGCCGGAGACGACGCCCCUCGUGCUGUCUUCCCCUCCAUCGUUGGUCGCCCCAGGCAUCAGGGAGUGAUGGUGGGUAUGGGCCAGAAGGACAGCUAUGUUGGUGAUGAAGCCCAGAGCAAGAGAGGUAUCCUGACCCUGAAGUACCCCAUCGAGCACGGUAUUGUGACCAACUGGGAUGACAUGGAGAAGAUCUGGCAUCACACCUUCUACAACGAGCUGAGAGUUGCCCCUGAGGAGCACCCUGUCCUGCUCACAGAGGCUCCCCUGAACCCCAAAGCCAACAGGGAGAAGAUGACCCAGAUCAUGUUUGAGACCUUCAACACCCCCGCCAUGUACGUUGCCAUCCAGGCUGUGCUGUCCCUGUAUGCCUCUGGUCGUACCACUGGUAUCGUCAUGGACUCCGGUGAUGGUGUGACCCACACAGUGCCCAUCUAUGAGGGCUACGCCCUGCCCCAUGCCAUCCUGCGUCUUGACUUGGCCGGCCGCGACCUCACAGACUACCUCAUGAAGAUCCUGACAGAGCGUGGCUACUCCUUCACCACCACAGCUGAAAGGGAAAUCGUGCGUGACAUCAAGGAGAAGCUGUGCUAUGUCGCCCUGGACUUCGAGCAGGAGAUGGGUACCGCUGCCUCCUCCUCCUCCCUGGAGAAGAGCUACGAGCUGCCUGACGGACAGGUCAUCACCAUCGGCAAUGAGAGGUUCCGUUGCCCAGAGGCCCUCUUCCAGCCUUCCUUCCUCGGUAUGGAAUCCUGCGGAAUCCACGAGACUACCUACAACAGCAUCAUGAAGUGCGACGUCGACAUCCGUAAGGACCUGUACGCCAACACCGUGCUGUCUGGAGGUACCACCAUGUACCCCGGCAUUGCCGACAGGAUGCAGAAGGAGAUCACAGCCUUGGCCCCAUCCACCAUGAAGAUCAAGAUCAUUGCCCCACCUGAGCGUAAAUACUCUGUCUGGAUCGGAGGCUCCAUCCUGGCCUCUCUGUCCACCUUCCAGCAGAUGUGGAUCAGCAAGCAGGAGUAUGAUGAGUCCGGCCCCUCCAUCGUCCACCGCAAAUGCUUCUAAACAGACUGUUCUCCUCCCCGACCAAACACCCGACAACUUCAGCUCUGUGCAAAACAACCACACCACACAUUUCUCAUACACACUCAGGCGCAGAGCCUAGAUGACCAACUCAUUGGCAUGGCUUCAGUUAUUUUUGGCGCUUGACUCAGGAUUUUAAAAAACUGGAACGAUGAAGGAGACUAAUGUUUUUGGCUAGGUUUAAAAAAAAAUGCACCCCAGGGUUCUGCAGUUGCAUCUGGGGACUUAAAAAAUGUACAUUUUGUUUUCUUUGAGUCAUUCCAAAUGUUUGUUAACUGCAUUGUUCAGACACAUGAUUCCAAAUGUUAACUGCAUUGUUCAGACACGUAUUUGCCUCUGUGAAGGCUGCCCAGUGGUUGGCGCAUACUUAAACAUGGUUGUAGUAUCGCUUGUAUGUAAAUUAUGUCUGGGUUUUUUGUACUUUCAGCCUUAAAAAUAUCUUGGUCCUGUUAAUUUUUUUGUUUUUGUUAUGCAAAACCCAUCGUGACCUCUUCUUCCCCCUGUUGGAGGGUUCAUGCCCGGGGUGGUGGGGUAAGGGGUCUCGAAGUGAUAGGGUAACAUGGGGUGCCAGACCGGUGGGGCCAACCUGUACACUGACUAAACAAUCCCAAUAAAGUGCACAUGUGUUCCGACAUGA